GACACUGGGAACAACGUGACAUCAAGGAUAAACGACAGUAUGGCCUCUCAGCUGGAUUUAACAACUUCUGCUAUUACUUGUGUCAGUGCGUCGCUUUCUGUUCUAAGCGGCCUUGCCAUUCUGUGGUCGUACCGACAGUUUCCUCAGCUACAGAACUUCACUCGAUAUCUCCUGGUCUGUCUUACAGUGGCUGACAUCUUUACCGCAUACGGUAACUUCAUCAGUACAUUUAGAUGGUUUAGUAAUGGUAACAAUGCAACGAAAACCGAUGGUUUCUGUAUUGCCCAAAGUUUUCUUACAACGACGUCAACAUUGAGUUCGUUUUUCUGGACAACAGCAAUAGCAGUAUACCUGUUCAGCGCAGUCGCACUGCGUGUAAAUAUUGCUGAAAAACCCGGAGUUAAGUUAUCGAUGACAGCUAUUCCAAUAAUUGUUCCAGUAACCAUCACUGGUGUUGCUCUGGGUUACGGUGCCCUAGGUGAGGACGACUACUUUGGCAGUGGACCUUGGUGUUGGAUCAACAGGGAUGUCAACAACAGGCUGAUGUGGAAGGUUGUUACGGGAAAAGGCUGGGAGAUAAUGACAUACAUCCUAACUCUGGUUAUAUAUAUUCUGCUGAAGUUCUUCAAGUGGAGAGAGAGUCGACGACAUAACAGACAGUUUAGCUGGAGUGACACGGAUCUCAGUCUCCGAGAUGCUGAUGAGAUAUUUGAGAUAUCAUGGCUCUUUCUUCUCGUUGCGCGGAUCUGGGGGACACUAAGAUUUUUCUUGGAGACUUUCGACGUCCAUCCCGGAGAUAAACUGCAGAAUACAUUACUUUGUAUGCAGUGUAUCGGGGACAGUUCACAGGCUUUCUGGAAUUUCAUAUUCUUCUUCACGCUCGACCCGGAACUACGGAAGGAGAUCCGUCACCUGAUUUGUCUUAGAUUACAUGGUCUGGUUCACGUGCAUUGCUCUUUGUGAAAUGUUUGACAAUCUUUGCAGGUCCGAUGUCUGUGUAUCUUGCUUUAAUGUCUCUUUGUUCUUUCGAUUUGACGAAUAACUUCACUAAUCACCAAGGAUGUUGGCAUUGUUUGAUUCUCAUCGACCGUUGAUAAUUAUCGGGUCAAAAUGAAUAUGUAAUGUAAGUAACAUUUACAUUUGUUUGCGAGCACUACCAGAAAAAAAGGCAUUUUUCAUAUGUGGUCUGGAAAACAAUUAUUUCCAUGCAGAUGCGUAAAAGAAUUUAUGGAAGCGCCUCAACGGAAGGAAUCUAGCAGAGGGAUGCAAGUAUGAGGUGUUUUUGGCUGUGAGUAAAACCGUGUUACGAACUGUUGUGCUGUGAAGCAUGGGAUUAUAUGUCAUGGCGUGAACUGAAGUGAACUGAUAUAUAAUUUGUUGCGUAUGAACUGUAACAAUGUUGGUUACGUGCUUACUUACUGUUCAUAUAACGUAUAAUAUUGUUAAUAUAGUUUCA